AGGACCACUGGCUCAGUCUGAUGAGGGUUUUCUCCCUGGCCCAAAAACAAACCAAGAAGUGGACCAUGAGGGUCGACCUGUGCGACCACGAAGAUGCUACUACUGUUGCCGAGUACAGAAACUUCAGGUUGGGCAGUGCAAAAGCAGCUUUCAAACUGCAUGUCAGGAAAUACAGAGGAGAUGCAGAUAUUGCAGGCCUUUCGAAUCUGGUCAAUGCCUAUCCAGGCAUUGACCAGAUUGGCUUCAGCACCGUCGACCGCGGCAGCGACGGCUGCUCCCCAUGCAUCGUUGGUGACAUUGCUCAAAUGGAUUGUACCUCUUCAGACGGUGGCGGUUGGUGGUACAGCCGCUGCGGUCUGAACGGAGGCUGGCAUCCUAGUGGUGAACACGUCGAUUGGGCUUCAGGCCUCUACUGGCAAACCUAGAAAACUCAUGCGCCUUACUCCCUGACGGCCACCAGAAGGAUGAUCAAGUCUGCGUGAGAGGACCCAACCCACAUUUAACUUCAUACUGGCUUUUCUAGUCCCACAUCAAGGCUGGUAUUACAUUUAAGCAAAAUGACUCUUUUAUAUGUGAAAAACAGUUCACUUUUUAAGAUACUGGGCCUACUGUUCACAUUUCUAGGAUAUAUAGUAUAUGGUACAUAUAUAUUCAUUAAAGAUAUUUGUUUGCAGAACCCUUGAUUUGUCUAUUUCUUUUAAAUUCCUAAUAGAAAAUCACACAAAUUGAUUAACAAUGAGUAGCUACACUUUAUUACUACAUGAGGACUUUUCUGUAAACAAUGUGUGGCAUCAAUACCCUUAUAAACUUAAUAUCAAAAGUUGACAUCAUGUAAAUAUUAAUGUUACAUUAUGAAAAUAAUCUUGUUUUCUGUUCUUUUGAGCCAUAAAACACAUUAAUUUUUCUUGAGGGAGACUUUUAUUAAUAUAUGGCUGUUAAGGUAAGGGUAUAGAUUAUUGUUAAGGCGUUUAUUAUACAUUUCCAAAAACAAGGGAAUCACUCUGCUGGAUAACAACAGUAUCUGGAGUAUAUGUUAUAGUGAGCCAGAUAUACAGGUUUUGUUAAAGUAACGGUCAGAAAGAAUUUAAAGUUGGCUGUACUCAGAAAGCAAAGCAAAAAUAGAUAUACAGUGUUAAUUAGUGGGCUUAAGAAGUGCUGGAAGAUGGAUUUUGUUACCUUUCAACAUAGCUAGGCUAGCUGAUACCUUUCAACAUAGCUAGGCUAGCUGUUACCUUGCACAGCACCUGGAUUAUUGUGAUGUCACGGGAGAGUUGGAAUAAUGCAGAACUUGGUGGAAACACAGAGAUAACAUGUAAACUCAAUGUGUGCUUAAAUCCACAUUCCUCUCCCCCAAGACACAAACAUCUAGCUGCCAUUUUGAGGACAUAUGUAGGACAAUAGAUGGUUUAUCAUAUUCCUAAUAAUGGGAGGUGGUGGGUGGAGGUUAUGUGGCAGGUGGUGGGCUAGGGUCAUUUCCCAGGCAUCAAUCAGAUGGACAUUCAGUCCUUUGAACAUGGCUCUGAGCACCUUAUCACGCUGCAGCGAGUACCAGUCGCUAUAGUUAAUCGUCACAUCUAACGUCAAAGCUUUGGGGUUUGCUGUCCGGAUGACGACCAGCGUGCCUGGAGUCUUGUCCAGCAGCCGCACCACCGCCCUGCGGAUGCUCUGCAGCCGC